CAGAAAACCUUCUUCUUCAUUUGUUUCCUGCAUGUGCGCCGCUCGGUUUAACAGCUGAAGUGUGUGUUUGUGAUCAGAGACGUGGAAGAAAUUAAAAAUCCUGAGUCGAGAAGAACUUUGCAGAGAAGCAGCUGUGGGAGAACAUAAAGACAUGAGGUGGAGGCUGUCCGUCCUUCUGUGUCUCACAGAGCUGUGUUCUCUUACCCGCUGUCAGCCUCGUCAGUACCACUUCAUUGGCAGCGCCCUGCCCUGGUUGAGGGCCCAGGCGUACUGCAGAGAGCAGCACACUGACCUGGCCACCGUCUCCAGCAUGGAGGAAAUGAACCGGCUGGUGAACUCAGUUCAGGACUCCACUGGAGGCUUCACUGGGCUGGCCUGGAUUGGGCUGCACGACAACCUCACCAGCUGGAGGUGGUCAUUUUCAAGGGACAAAGAGAGCCAGUACAGGAACUGGGGUUAUGGUCAGCCGGACAGCUUCCUCGGGGACCAGAUGUGUGUGAAGAUGGGGGGUUUUGGAGUGUGGGAGGACUCGCGCUGCUUCCUGAGAAACCCCUUCGUCUGCUACGAUGAGAAAACCAGUCCCAGUCAGCGUUUCAUUUUUGUCAAAGAGGACUUGAGCUGGUCUGACGCUCAGCAGCACUGCAGGAGUCGCCACACCGACCUCGCCAGUGUUAGAGAUGAGAGAGAGAACCAGGAAGUACAGCAGGCGGCCAGAAACAAGGGCGUCUGGAUUGGCCUCUACAGGACGCGGGAAUGGUCAGAUCAAAGCGACUCCACAUAUCGCAACUGGAAGCAAGGCCAGCCGAAUAACACGGGAGGGAAGCAGAACUGCACCGCGACUCACCUGGGCAACGCAGGCCUGUGGUCAGAUGAACAGUGCAGCAGGAAGCUUGCUUUUAUCUGCUACGGAGGCAAAAACGAAACUCCAAACCAGCUGCUUUUGUCCACCACUACAACCACGACAGUGACACCAAGCAAAAUAUCCACCAUCAAGGGAGACUCAGCCAGUACAGAGAUUACUUCUCCUGAUCAGCCUUCAACCACAGUGGUGGAUCAGACAACAUCCAUUCCUGUGACCCAUAAUAACCAAAGAACCAGCACUGAUACCCAAUCAAACACUGGACCUGUCAGUACAGAGGUUACCAAGUCUGAGCAGCCUUCAACCAGAGAUGUGGACCAAUCAAAACCCAUUACCAUGACACCAAACAAAAUAUCCACCAUCAAGGGAGAGUCAGCCAGUACAGAGAUUACUUCUCCUGAUCAGCCUUCAACCACAGUGGUGGAUCAGACAACAUCCAUUCCUGUGAUCACAAAUAACCAAAGAACCAGCACUGAUACUCAAUCAACCACUGGUCGGGUCAGUGCUGAUGUUACCAAGUCUGACCAGCCUUCAACCAGAGAUGUGGACCAAUCAAAACCCAUUACCGAAGAAACUCCAAACCAGCUGAUUUUGUCCACCACUACAACCACGACAGUGACACCAAACAAAAUAUCCACCAUCAAGGGAGACUCAGCCAGUACAGAGAUUACUUCUCCUGAUCAGCCUUCAACCACAGUGGUGGAUCAAACAACAUCUGUUCCUGUGAUCACAAAUAACCAAAGAACCAGCACUGAUACUCAAUCAACCACUGGACAUGUCAGUGCUGAUGUUACCACGUCUGAGCAGCCUUCAAGUCCAGAGGUUUCCCAAACAAGACACAUUACCGAUGAAACUCCAAACCAGCUGCUUUUGUUCACCACUACAACCACCACAGUGACACCAAGCAAAAUAUCCACCAUCAAGAAAGACUCAGCCAGUACAGAGAUUACUUCUCCUGAUCAGCCUUCAACCACAGUGGUGGAUCAAACAACAUCCAUUCCUGUGAUCACAAAUAACCAAAGAACCAGCACUGAUACUCAAUCAACCACUGGUCGGGUCAGUACAGAGGUAACCACAUCCAAAAAGACUUCAGCCCCAGAGGUUUCCCAAACAAGUCCCAUCACCAAUGAAACUCCAGAACAGCCAGCUUUGUCUACACUCAAAAUGACCACUGUCAUCAGAGACACAACCAGUACGGAGGUUUCAGUUCAGCAGUAUUCAACUCCAAAUGUGGUACCAACUGGGAGCACUCCUGAACAUGUGAUUAGCCUGCGGGUGAAACUCAACUCAGAGAAGCAACUGAGUGAAGACGACAUCAGAGAGCAGUUUCACAAAUUUCUGAUUGAAAUGGGACUUCCUUCGAGCAUCAAGGUGGGCUUGAAGGGGCUAGUGAAAUAAUGAGCAAGCAGCGUUCCGACAUGGAGGUAUAUGUGGUACAUGUUGAAGUUCUGAAGGAUUUUGAACUCCAUCCUCCAGCGGCUCUGGAGGAUGAGUGACCCCGAGACUCGAGAGAGGCCGAAGAGGUCGGUGUGUUUACCUGCAAAACUACAGACAUCACCACAGCUCACAGUUUGAGCCAGGCAAAGAGAACGCAAACCAACAAAUCCAACCAAUCACAGGCAGAGUAGGACAGCCAUGUCAUUCAUAAUAACACAUAAAAGGCAGAUUGCUGUUUUUAUACCCUGGUUUUUGUAGAUAUUUAACAAACAGUGGUGCUGGAAGUUGCCUCUAAAGUGUGUUGAAUUCCUCUUUUUCUCCCUUUCACGUUUUUUCACUUCUAUCCCUGUUGUUUGAGGUUUCUUAUACAUGUAAAAAUCCUUCUUCCACAUAUGAUGGUAAUAUAACAAAAAAACAAAAAAAAAUCAGACUUGCAGCAAAGAGAGCAUUCAGGUGUCCAGGUCUGUUUAAAACCUAAAAUGAGUCAUGUGUAGUGACUUUAUGACAGAAGGGUUCAAAUGUAGGUCAGGUUAAUUAAAGUCUGGCUUCCUGUCAGUGUGUCAGCAGACUGUCACACUCAUCACAUGGUGAAAUUGCUUAAUAUGAUCCACAUCAUAUGAUCCAUUACAAUUUCAACUGAUAUCUAAGUUGACCUUCAUAAAACAAUGAAAUGAUGAGCCGGAGUGCUUUUUUUUCUGUCUGUUACUCCAGCAGCUGUUAUUGCCUGUGUGUAUUUUCACCAUAAGUGCUUGAAUUCAUUUUGUAAAAUGUUCACCUGGACAAAAGAGUUGCUCUCGUGUGCAAAUAAAGAUGGAUUUGCCUUGAUUUGAUU